AUGUCAGCAAAGAACGCGCGCUUGAGAAGCCAUCCAGCAAUUGUUGUGACACUUUUCGGCAUGUUUUAUGUUGUAAUGUCAUUGCAAGGACAAAUGACAUCAUAUUAUUGGUUAACGAAUCAGAGCGACAGCAAAAAGUUGACAGUUAGGUUAGGUCUUACUUCAACGAAACUAGGACAGACCAUGGCGUAUGCCAAUGAAUACAGUGGAAAGAACAUGAAGAGAAAUGCGAGUCAUCAAGUGAAUCAAUUUUCCAGGCUGAAAAGGAGUCUCGGCCUUCCGUAUCCAAAGCCUUUUCGAUAUGACCGACUCUCUUGA